AAUGGCUAAUUUGGCACACCUGUGGCUUUCUCUCCCUUUAAUCACAGGGCCAUCACCCUCAUGACGCACUCACAGUUUGGGAGUCCUGUAGAGAGUUUUCUUUGUCUGGGACUACGGGAAUUAUUUUUCAGCUUUAGUUUAGUUUUCAUGUUGCUCGCCACAGCCGCAUGCUAUUGUAAUUAAAAUGAGGAUUUCAGACGACAUUUUGGCCAGGAUGGAGACCCCCGGGUGACAGACUGAUAGGAACGGACGGUCCUGAGGGAGUUAUAAGCGGAGCGGAAAGUUCCAGCAGAGCAGCCCUAUCCAGCACCACAGCGCUCAGGAGCUCCUGGACAUGGCUGUCUACUGCGACAAUGUGUACCAGCAGAACCUCCACCACCACCACCACCACCACCCACCGACGCACCCGUCCAGCUACGGCCUCGGAGAGUUCACCUCCACGUCCUCCAGCAACCCGUACCUGUGGCUGAACGCACCCAGCAUCAACUCCAGUCCUUACCUGCCAGGUAACAACGCCACAGCGUCCUACAUCCAGUCCGGAUACGGGUCCAACCACCAGAGGCAGUUCUUACCGCCUCCUCCCACCGGGUUUGGUGGAGCAGACCUGGGCUGGUUGUCCAUCUCCAGCCAGCAGGAGCUCUUCAAGAUGGUCCGACCACCUUACUCCUACUCGGCUCUGAUCGCCAUGGCCAUACAGAACACACAGGACAAGAAGUUGACUCUGAGUCAGAUCUAUCAGUAUGUGGCUGAGAACUUCCCUUUCUACAAGAAGAGCAAAGCUGGAUGGCAGAACUCAAUCAGGCACAACUUGUCUCUCAAUGACUGUUUCAAGAAAGUGGCACGAGAUGAGGAUGACCCUGGUAAGGGCAACUACUGGACGCUGGACCCCAACUGUGAGAAGAUGUUCGACAACGGGAACUUCAGGCGGAAGAGAAAGAGGAGAGCUGACAUUACCGGAGCUGACACCACCACCGUUAAGUCAGAGGAGCACACAAAGCUCUCCUCCGACACCGCCAGCCUCCUGAGCUCCUCCCCGCCCAGCCUGCACGGAUCCCCGGCCUCCACAGAGCCCAAGUCGUCCCCGUCUCCCUCCGCGGAGCACAGCCCGUGUUACGCCAACUUCACGUCCAGCAUGAACUCGUUGCUGGCGGGCAGCGAGGGCUCCAGGGCUCCCGGGGAGCGGGACUACGGCUCCGGGCAUCUCGGGGGACUGUCUCAGAGCAGAGAGGGCAUGUCGGGACUGGGCUCCUACUCGCCCUCUUUAAUCUCUCCUCUGAACUCUGACAACAACAGAAUGAACUAUUACACAUCAGUACAGAGCCUCUCCAACCACUUUAGUGUCAAUAACCUCAUAUACAACCGGGAAGGAACAGAGGUGUAGACUAUAAUUUAUAUCACUCACUGGUAGCCUUCACAUUUCUUUAGUAGCCUACUGUUGUUAUGGUUUAUUUAGUAGGCCUCAUUGUAAAACUAGCACUGGGAAUAAACUGGUAUUUUUCUCACAACCCUUCCUAACUGGGAAAAUACAUUUUGGUGUAUUGAAAAAGGAAUAUUAAUAAUUCUCCAUUAUGGUUUUUAAGUUGCAACAAACAUGUUUAUUUGUAGAAAAUUAUUAAAUCAGCCCACAGAAAUCUAUCCUUGAACUGGUGGAUCUUUACUUAUCUUUUUUUUUUUAAUACAUAUUGUAGCUGCUCGGUUGGGCCGACUAUGUCUUUAAGAAGAAAAAGAAGACAUCUAUGUACAGAAAUUAUUUUUCAUAAGAAGAUAUGACAUUGUGUAUUUUAGACUGAAUUGUGUUCUGUGUUUUAUUUAAACUCACGUCGAUGUUUGAAUAAAAGUCAUUUAUUUUAA